GAUACUGCUACCUAUUGUUUCAUUGUACAAUCACUGCAGCUAAUAUAGUGAUAUCAUACCGCCUUCAUAUAAUAGGGUAUUGUUCACUGCUACUAUUUACUGAUCAUCGUUUGAAUAAAGAAAGAUUUGUUAUUUUUUCCCUUACACACUAUUAUCCUGAGCAACUUUAUUCCAGGCUGAAACAAGGUAGGGAUAUAAAAGUCAUAAGGACUUGGAGAUAUUUACUUGUGAUUUUAUUUGCUUUUGAACCAUAAUAGCUGAUUUCUGAUAAAUAAAGUUGACUUGUUUUUAUUAUUGCUGCAACAGUGAAUAUAAGUUUUUGUUGCUGUGUGUUCCUUAUUUCUGAAUUUACUGAUUGCCUGAAACAUUUUUAUUUUGUGUUGAAUUGCUGAAGAAUUUUUGAAACAAGUGAUUAUCGUUACUGAUUUGAAUAAAGACUUGCAUUGAUUUUCUUUGUCUGAUAUUCCGGGAUUGCUGAAUUGUUGUUGAUUUAUUUGAAAUAUAUUUUGACUGUGAAUAAAAUUGACAAUUUGUUAUUAUCUGAUUGCUAGAACUGUCAACUGUGUUUGACAGUGGACAUUAUUUGAACUACUAGGUUAACCCUACUUUUCGUUUCUGGGUUUUGAAUUAUUUUCUUGCUGAAAUUGUCAACUGCGUUUGACAUUGAAUAUUUUGUUGAACUACUCAGCUAACCCUACUUUGUUCUUCUGGGUUUAUGAGUUAGUUUCUUCUGGAAAUUGUCAACUGUCUGACAUUGAAAAAUUUUUUGAGAAUCAUAAUAAAUUUAAACCAACUUGUUUUCUGAAAGUUUUCUCAUUUUUGAUUUUCUUUGACUGUAUCAAACAAUAAUUCAAACUUGAAUAGAUUCUGUUGUCAACUUGUAAUUUUUCAGCAUUGUUGUCUAUUAGUGUUAUUUUUGUGCGAGGGAUAAGGGAAAAAUAAGGACUGUUACCGGGAAUAGUGAAGUUGGGGAAAGUGUUCGGACUUCAACGGUUAAUAAGAAGAGGACAGUGUCGAAUAACUUCGAUAGAUUUCAAAUCGAUUGUUAGAGUUUGGACUUCAACGAUUCAAUCACUUAACCUCAACAUGGAUGUGAAUCGACUAUUGAAUGAUGAGCUGACUUAUGAGUUACAGCUGAGAGGACAAGUAAUAAUACCCAGCACAGUAAUGCUAAAGAGAAGUUUAUUACGACAGGUAUUGAAAUUGAAUUUGCCUCUACAGCCGACAGGAAUGAACUCGACACUGGACAUUGAGUCAUGUCAGAACAAACUCACCGACUUGCUGGAAGCCAUUCAACACUUUGACACUGAGAACACCACGAAGGAAUAUACUCGGAUUUCAACAAGAUUAAUACACAUUCAGAGAAGACUGAAUUUUAUUAUCACUAAAAAUGAAACCGAGUCACAGAUGAUAGAACACUUAAAGGAGACUGCAGCUCGGGCCUUGAGUUCAUUGGAGGCAACGUUGACUGCUGACAGACAGCAACCAUCAACCCGACCGGAUGGAUCGCUUUUGGAUGCAGAGAUUCCACAGUCGCCUGAGAUGUCUCCCAUUCAACCAACCAAGGUUGCACAACUGAAGACAUCACUGAUAGAUUUGGAAGAUGAUGACCGCCCACUGCCAACUGCCCAGGUCUCCCAUACUGCAACACCUGCAAAUAAGUCAAGAUUAGUUCAAGUUUUGAAUGAAACAAGACAGGAAUGUGAGAAGUUACUACAGAAUUUACCAACGAUGCCUAUUCCUCAACCACAACAGCCGAAUAUGAAUCUGAACCAGCUGAUGACACCGACUACUGCCCAACAAGAAUCUGAACCACGACCGAUGCCAACCUCGACUAUACCCAUCCAUAAAUGGAAUAUUUACUUUGAUGGGACUGAUAGUGUGAUUGGAUUUAUAGAAGAGAUAGAGAGACUUGCUGAAUCCCGAAAGACAUCCUUAGAACAUGUGUUCGAAUCGAUUUACGAACUUCUGCGAAAGGAUGCCAAAGAUUGGUUCAUCCCCCGGAGGGGACUCUUCAGAAACUGGGACGACUUCAAGACUCAAUUAAAAGAGGCAUUCUUACCAGUCAACUAUGAAGAAAACCUACUGGAUGAAAUCAAGAAGAGGAUGCAAGGUCCUGAUGAGAAGUUACUACUGUAUGUCACCCGGAUGCAAAAUCUGUUCCAAAAGCUGACUUGUAAUCGUCCCACGGAGAGUGAACAGAUUCGACUGAUAAGACAGAGGUUAUUGCCAUCACUGCAACAGGCCUUGGCUUUCCAGGAGACGACCACCUACGAUGAACUCCUGAAAAAGGGAAAAGUUUUUGAAAUGGUUCAAUGGCAGAUGGGACAUUAUACCAAACCACCGGUUAAACCCAGCCUCAUCGAUGAACCACAUCUAACAUAUCAUCAACGUCGUCAACAGGACUACCCGGCCAACCUCUCUGCAAUUUCGGAGAAUACUAGACAACGAAACCACAGUACUCGUCAGGAAGCUCCCACAACAUCUCCAUCUCCGAAGAAGGGCCCGUCAAGACCGCUAACCACAGGCAGAAGGAUAGAAGACUGGAAUUGCUCAGUAUCCCCUGGACCAGAUCGUCCCCAUCUGCCCUCGAGGCCACCGGAAUACUCGACCAACAGAACAGGAAAUGCCAACACCUCCCAGGAUCGGAAUGGAUCACCACCGGAGCGAAGAGUGUCCUCCCAGACACAAUGCUUCAGAUGCGGGGGAUAUGGCCACCUACGUCGAGACUGCCGAAGGACACCGAAAAUGUUCUGCUCCCGAUGUCAACGAGAAAAUAUCCUCUCACGAGACUGCCCAUGUCCUCAAAACCGGAGAGGAACGACACCGUCAACUUCAGCGGGACUCCUAACUACAGUGAUUCCUAUCGUUAGCAACGACAGCUGGCCUCUGGUAGAAGUGCACAUUGAGGGAAAGUUAUUCCAUGCAUUGAUAGACACUGGUGCGGCAAAGAGCUGCUGUAGUCAGAGGGUGGCCCAGCUGUGUGAAAGAAAUGGAAUCAAGGGAGAAAAAUCAACGACUGAAGCUGUCAUGGUAGCGAAUGGACAAACUACAGCCAUACCGAAGAUGUAUCACCUUGGAAUGGUGAUAGCCGAUUAUGCCCUGAAGAACAUAGAAUUCUUACUUGUACCCAACUUACCAGUCGACUUAAUCCUGGGAAUAGAGAUGCUGAAGACAUACAACUUCUCCCUGGAUAUCAAGAACACAGAAUGUUAUCUGGAAGGACGACGGAUCCCCAGAGCUAAACAGGUUAGCCAAGAGGUCAUAGAGGUGCAGACUCCCGAAAAACACCUCCAGAACCGAAGAGGAUCCCACAACAUACUUGCUGAGAGCCCGUUGAGAAAUCCAUUGCCGACACUCAACUGUGUCCAACUGAAAGAAACAGGUAUGCAAUGUAAGUGGUACAAAAAUAAGUUUCAGGAAGUAGAGAAAGGACCAGAGCACUGCCCCGAGUAUUCCAUCAUCAAUGGAAGAUUGCACCGACACUUUUGGGAUUCAUCAGAUGCCAGGGAAGCUGGAACAGGCCACCCAUGGAAGCUGUGUAUACCCACCGAACAGAGGACCAAAGUACUGAAAGAAAACCACGACUCAGCCUUGGCUGGACAUCUGGGAAUAGCUAAGAUGAUUGCGAAGAUCUCGCGGAAUUAUUACUGGCCAGGUAUGUUUAGGGACAUUGCGAAAUAUGUCCGGAACUGCACUUCGUGCCAAAAGUUCAAAGUACCCCAACAGCAACUGGCAGGAAAGAUGCAACCUCGAAAGAUGGUGGAUGCGCCGUUCAAGGAAGUACCGGUGUUAAGGAGGAGAACAACGACGGAGAUGCGGAUGUCUAGAGCCCCCCAGAGCUCGGUAUCGUCAGUUAGAGGGAGAAAUUACCUAGCAGGAGUAGAGAGAGUGGUGAAGAGGACCACUACGCAAUCUACACAGACACCCCCGUUGUGCCAGCCGCGUACCAAUCAAACCACACCGGCCCCAAGGAGCGUUCGUAUUGUAGGUACGAUGGGAAAUAAAGUGUACCUAGAGGUUAGGCCCAACACUUGCUGGAAGUGCGGCAAGACAUGUCCCUCGCGGCAGGAGUGUCGAGGUCGACCACUCCUAUUCUGCAGCAGAUGUGGUUUGAUAGGUACGCAGACCAGGUACUGCGAAUGCGUAUCCAGGAAACUGGCCCCACGGCCGACAGCAACUAGGUUGACGCCAGAACAACUAGCCCUGCGUCCGUGUGCAAGAUGCACAGAGAGAGAAGCCACGCAGCGGAGAGAAGAGAGAGCAAGCAAAUGAGAUAGAAUUAAAAAAAAGAUACCGUUGUUUUUGUUCCAUACUCCUGUAAAACUGUAUAAAACCAUAUAGGGCCUAACCCAAUAUCUGAUAACAUUAUAUUCAAGACUAGUAGACUGAUUUUUAAUCUGUAAAUGUUGAUGAAACUGAAUAGUACAUAAUAAGUCAGUGAAUAUUAUACAAUAAAAACAAUUCCAGUCACUUGCCCCGAAUUUCAAAGGCCAUCAGAUAUAAAUUAGUAGUUUCACUGUGUAAUCUAUUUGAAGAAUGCCAUUUCUAAUCUCUUACUGUUCUGAUAAAUUACUGAAAUAUUCCGCAGUGUUACAGAUGAAGUUUUCUAAGAGGCUAGAUACUCACCGAUGAG